UGAAUAGAAAAAAAAAAAGAUUCUUUAACUCUGCUUGAGCUUGAGAUUAUGAAGAAAAUGGCGACAGCGACGGCGAAGAAGGUAUGCGUGACCGGUGCCGGUGGUUUCGUAGCUUCUUGGCUCGUUAAGCUUCUCCUUUCCAAAGGAUACAUCGUUCAUGGCACUGUUAGAAAACCUGGUGAUGAGAAAUAUGCUCACUUGAUGAAGUUUGAAGGAGCUUCUGAGAAACUUAAACUGUUCAAUGCAGAUUUGUUGAGUUAUGAAUCCAUUUAUUCAGCAAUUGUUGGAUGCAGUGCAGUUUUCCAUGUUGCUUGCCCUGUACCUGCAUUAGCAACAACUUUCCAAAAUCCUGAGGUAGAAAUGGUUGAGCCUGCUGUGAAGGGAACUAGUAAUGUACUUGAAGCUUCUCUUCAGGCUAAAGUGGAGAGAGUUGUUUAUGUCUCAUCCUCAACUGCUAUUAUCCUGAACCCGAAUUUGCCUAAUGAUAAAGUGAUUGAUGAAUCAUAUUGGUCUGAUAAAGAGUACUGCAGAAAAACCAAGGAAUGGUAUCCCUUUUCAAAGAUGAAAGCAGAAGAGCUGGCGCUGGAUUUUGCAGAAAGAACCGGGAUUGAUCUAGUGAGAAUUUGUCCAACUGUUGUGUUGGGGCCAAUUUUGCAGUCAACUUCUCUGAAUGCCACUAGCUUGUUUCUCCUCAACCUUCUAAAAGGCUGUGAGCCAGUGGAGAAUAAGCUUAAGUGGAUAAUAGAUGUAAGAGAUUUAGCUGAUGCAUUACUAUUGGCUUAUGAGAAGAUUGAAGCAGAAGGGAGAUACAUAUGCACUUCAUGCCCUGCUAAACCAAAGGAUUUGGUAGAGGAAUUGAAGAGUGAAUAUCCAAACUACAACUACCCUACAAAGUUUAUUGAGGUGGAUUAUUACAUAAGGUUGAGCUCCGAGAAACUACAGAGACUUGGUUGGAGUUACAGGCCAUUAAAGGAGACACUCAUUGAUUCUGUUGAGAGCUAUAAGGAGGCUGGUCUCUUAUAAUCCAAGUAAAUUUGCUUGGUUAAUUAGCUGCUGUAUAUAUAAUAUAUGCAUGUCUAUAAUUUGAUAGGUAUGAAUAUCUGUUUGUCAACUUAAUUAAUUAGUGCAUUUUCUCAGUUUUAAUUGUGUACAUUUUAAA